AUGUAUCUAUCAAUUUUAUUAGGUGUUGUUUGUGAUCAAGAUGUGGCAAAACAACAAAAUUAUACUUCUGAUGAUUUCAUCAACAGACCCAAAGAAGAUCUUAAAGAUUUUACUACAAAAAAUGUUUUUAGAAUUAUUAGUGAAACAUACACAUACAUCCCAUAUAGUAGUGACUGUCCAUUCACAACUCAUAAUGUCACUUUAUGUUUUAAAUUUAAAAACAAGAUAGAUAUUUGCUUGUUAAACAGAAAUGUUAAAGAACCCAAACCAGAUAAUAAACCUGUUGUACCAGAAAAUAAUAAUCCAGAUGAACUUAUGGAUAAACCUAAAACUAAUAAACCAGAUGAACCAAUAGAUGAACCAGAAACUGAUAAACCAGAUAAACCAAUAGAUGAACCAGAAACUAAGCCAGAUUAUAAUUUGAUUUUUGCAUUAGAAAUAUCAAACUCAUUAAAAUUAAUUAACAAAAAGAUUAAACUAAUAAAUGCUAAAAAAGAAUUUGACAAAAUUGCUAAAAAGAUUAAAAAUGAAAAGGAUGGUUUAAAAUUAGAUGCUGAUAUCAAAGAUGAAAUUAAUUUCGAUACAAAAUAUAUCACAGAAGACCAGAAGAAAGAACUUCACAAAUUACAUGAAUUCUUUAUUGGAAACUUGCUUGAUGGUAAAUUACAUGAUUUGUUAAUCAACGUUUCUAGAUUGACAGAAAAACAAAAAAAUAAACUACAACAAGCACUUAAAGAUCAAUUAAUUACAGUGAUAAAUAAAAUAUUUGAUGAUUUAAAAAAUAAUAUUGAAACUGAACAUUAUGCAUAUCAAUUAGAAGAUGAAGACAAAUUAUAUGAUAUUAUCAAAGAAAUCAUAGAAAAACUAGAAAAUUUAGAUGAACUUUUUGACCAAUCAGAGUUAGCAAAAGAUAUAUUUGAAUUGAACCAAAUAUUAUUAACCGGAGAUCAAAAUAAUACAACUCCGAUAAGAAAUGAUAGAGGAACAACUAUAAUACAAAUUAAUUUUAUCAUUAAUGAAUACAAAAAAACACUGAAUGCAGAUGAUCUAAAAAAAUUUGGUCGAGUGCAAACCAAUAAUGUUUGCAACAAAAUUCAAAAAACAUACAAUAAUGCCAAAGAUGAAAAAACCUUAUUAGAUAUACUUUAUUAUAUUUGGGUGCUAGAUAAAGAUGAUCAAUUCUUGUUAUCAAAAAAAUACACUAUACAAAAAAUAAAUGAAGCAAAAAAAUUGGCAAAUGAUAUCAACAAAUAUCUUUAUACAGUUAAAACCAAAAAACUCAAACAACAAGUUGAAUUCACAAGAUUAAAAAAGAAUAAUGAAUUUCCAAUACCUAAAUCUAGACCAAAAUUUAUGUCCAGACCAGAGAAAUUUGAUUAG